AAUUGUCGUUUAUACAUUUGUUUGAAGACGCCUCUUAGUUUUUUAUGCAAACAUUUAAGAUAGCUUGCAGAAAAUAACAGAAAUUAAAUCUCUUUUACUUUCCAAACCACAAAAGUUAUGUAAGUAGACAUUUCAUAAUUUAAAAUAAUUUAAAAACUAUUUUCCCAAAAAAAUGAGAAUAUUAUAUAUAUUAUUAUUGACAUUGUAUAUAUUUAAUCGAAUUCCUGUUAUACGUGACUAUUUAGUUAUUAUCAUAGCAUUUGGUGCGCUUGAAACCUGGCGAUGACGUCAGUGUAGGGCGUAUGCGUGCAAGCGUCUAAUGUAUGCACACCGUUUGAAUAGACUAGAAUAUUCACGCACCUGCUAGGAUGGCGGCUAUUAGGAAGAAGUUGGUUAUUGUAGGGGAUGGAGCAUGCGGGAAGACCUGCUUACUGAUUGUUUUUUCCAAGGAUCAAUUUCCUGAAGUGUAUGUGCCUACAGUUUUUGAAAAUUAUGUGGCAGAUAUCGAAGUGGACAGCAAACAAGUUGAAUUGGCUCUUUGGGAUACAGCUGGGCAAGAAGAUUACGACCGCCUUCGUCCUCUCUCCUAUCCUGAUACUGAUGUUAUUCUUAUGUGCUUCAGCAUUGAUAGCCCAGAUUCAUUAGAAAAUAUUCCAGAAAAAUGGACACCCGAAGUGAAGCAUUUUUGUCCAAAUGUACCAAUUAUUCUUGUUGGUAACAAGAGGGACUUGAGAAAUGAUGAAGGAACGAAACGGGAAUUGCAAAAAAUGAAGCAAGAGCCUGUUAAAUAUGAGGAUGGUCGCACUAUGGCUGAUAGAAUAAGCGCUUUUGGGUACUUAGAAUGUUCAGCUAAAACUAAAGAUGGAGUUCGAGAAGUUUUUGAAACUGCCACAAGGGCUGCUUUACAAGUUAGGAGGAAGAAGAGAGGAAAAUGCCUUAUAAUUUAA